UAUUUGUUUGUUUUGUUUUCUACCAACAAAAUCAUCUCUUUUGAAAUAAGACAAUGGAAACUGAAGAGAGACAAAAUAGGGGAAAUGGCUUCAAUCAAAGGAAUAUAACAGUAGAAAGGAUUUUUAUCAUCACAAAUCUUGUUUUGGAGCUUCCAUCAGCUGUUCUUGAUCAGUUAUCAGCAGAGCAUAAGCCUAGAUAUGCACUAAUUAGCAUGAUUAUGUCUUCAGCAAUCAUGCUGGUCUCCAUUCUUGAUCUUGUUCGAUUAGGUAAAAAAGAAAGGGUUAGAUGGAUGAUUAGAGGCCUUAAACCCUGGUUUUACUCUCCAUAUCCAAGCUUCAAGCCUUUAGGAACAUUUGCUGAUGUUGUUGGAUUAGUUUGUGCUAUUUUCCAGUUUGUUUUUGCAACUAUUGUUUAUGUCCUUUUGUCUGCUAAUCCUAUCAAAAUAUCAGUUUGGCCUGUAAUAUUUGCAAUUGGUGUGUUGUUUUCUAGAUUUCCAAGAAAACAACAGAAAAUAUCAGUUCUUGAACGCAUAGAAAUUGCUCAACGUACACUUGAUGGCUUGCAGCCUCAUGAAGUUGCAAUGUUAUUUGAAGAUGAGAAUUAUAAUGAGUUGUCUGAGAUUCUUGAGAGGGGCAAGAAGCGUGCAGAAACAGCUAGGCUAAGGGAGCUUCAUACACUCAAGGGUCAAGUUGAAUCAAAAGUGAAACUCAAGGGACUUGACGUUGGGAUAAUUCAGAGGCAGUACUCAGUUUGAUCAAGAAGAUGUAAGUUUUUAGCACUCUCAGCAAAGUUUGUUUCCCGGGAUUUGAACUUGUACUCUCACCUUUACGGAAAUUGAGUUCACUUACCACCCAAACCAACACCUUAUUGGGUUCAGUUUUUAUUUUUAUGCUUAUAUUUAAGCAACUAGUGAACAGAUCUGUGACUGUCAAUAGUUCAAGAGAUGGCUAACAGAACUGGGACAAAGUAGGGGAUAUUUGAAUAUUUGACUAUGAGGUUCCAAGGUUGUAGGGAAGGCAGGAAGAAGCAAACACUUGUCAAUCGUACAGUGCAUUUUGUUGUAAUUUAUAACAUUGUCUCUUAAUUGGAUUUCAUUAGGCACA